GUUUAUACAAAAAUUGACCGGUUAAACGAUACCAAACGAGUGUGCGCAUGUGUGAUGGGAACCCAUCAGUUCGUCGCUGAAGACGGGCAAAGACCCUGGACGCAGCAUUGACGAACGACACUGAGACAACGAAAUGUUUUACAAGUAAAGGUAACACAACCUGUAAAAUCUAAUUGGACGCUUGGAGGAACAUUCUACAACUGUAGACGAGUUAGGCCUCAUACUCAUCAACAGGUUGUUUGUUCAAUCUCAUGUGACUAACAAGAAUUAAACAAAAUGGCCUUUCAUACAGGAAGAAGAAACGAAGUUCACAAACAGUCUUAUUACGUGUGGUUUUUGGGUGCUAAAGAAAGCAGAGGUCUAAGAGGGGAUGAAUAUAUUAAACCUGUUCUAAAAUCAUUAUUGGAAAGAGAACGAGAAUUAGAACCAGUAAAGGUUACUUUACAAGUGAGCAAUAAGGGAAUGAAAAUAAUUCAAAACGUUACAAGAAAAGGGAGUCGCACUAAAACUGAGCAGAUUAAACAUUUCAUACCUCAUCACGCUCUAACGUGUGUUAGUCAGGAAUUGAAGCCUAACGAUGAUAUUGUGUGCUGCAUAUUAUUACUUUUCAAUCCUCUAACAAGAUGUCCCGUUCACGUUCACGCCUAUCGAUGCGAUUCCGUUCAAACUGCAACUACUCUUCGUGGACAAUUACAGCAAUUAGUCGAUAGACCCGAAAAUCAAAAGAAGUUAAGAGAAAUAGAAUGUAGGUUAGAUGCUAAAGGACUUCUUCCUCAAAAUGUAACCAGACGAUGUUCAUCAGAUGGACUGUCAGAAGAUUCUUGUGGAUCAGAAUCGCCUCCGGUACGAAAGGAUAGAGUUUCCAGUCUAUACGAUUCUUUGGCUGCCGAGUUAAGAGAGAGACUUAAUAAUCCAAAUACUUGUCCUAUUCUUUUACCACCACGCGAUUAUGAUACAAUUUCCAGAAAUCAAGGUAGAUUAUCAGGAAUCGAAGAUAGAAAAAGCACUGCCACAAAUAUUAUUGGAAAAAAUUCAAGGUUUAAUGUUGUAAGUACUGAACCGGGAGGUGAAUCCAGUUGUAAAUCGACCAGCAAAUCAAGCGGUUUUGGUUCUGACGAAGCAUUGAGUUCUGCCAUCCACGAAUCUCAUCCCGAUUCAGAUUCUAGUAGCGACGAUUGGACACCGCCAGACGAAAUAUACGAUUGGAAGAGAACACCGAGACCUCGUAUCCGUUCAGCAUCACCGGAACUGUCUUAUUAUACCAACAGGCACGGAAGCGAUCCUAGAUAUUAUGUUAGAAGGACUCCUCCUGAACAGAGAUACCUUCAGGAGGGCCAAAUUCGACUCCAUCGAAGAGAUAGCUAUGAUCCUUACUGCGAUAAAAAAUGGAAAGAUUUUCGGGAACCUAAAAAGGAAUUAGUAUAUCGCAGAUUGAGUAAUCCAGUCGAAGGUGGAAGAGUGAGAGAUCAAAGACCACUUUCUUACCCAAAUGUCGAUGAUACUUUUCAGAGUAGCAAUGAAUAUCCAAAUCAAGAAAGUAGAGAACGUCCACGCGAUCGUUUGUCGCCAAAAACUAGGACUAAUCAUAACCAGGAUCGUUUAAAACGUUCGGAAGGGUUGGUCAGAAAUCCGUAUCACGAUUUACAAGCAGAGGGAAGAUCAUAUAGACACAGUUAUGCAGAAGCCCCCGGAAGUCGUCUUGUCCUCAAUUCUCACUUCUAUUCUUAAUUUUAUCUGUUUUUCUUGUUCGUGAACGUGAGAUCAGUGUUGUGAUUUAGUUUGUCAAGUCAAUUAUUUAUGAGAGUAUAAAAAAUUUGUAUGUUGUCUUGUCCCGUUUUAGAUAUUAUUUGCUCGUAAAAAGCUGCCAAAAUAUAGUGAAAGGACCAAACGAUGUGUAGCCUUAUAAAAAAAAAUAUAGUUUAAAUGGAGCGUUAUGACGUCAUCUCCCGUAGCCAAUGAGAGUCCGAAUACAAUUUACAAAGAUUACACUCUCGUCCAAUAACAUAAUUGUUCCUGAUCACGCGCUGACAUCUUUAAAUAUUACAAUAGUUACGAAAUACAGUUUAGACGGUUAGACAAUCAGUUUAACAUAUUUGCUAAAAAUAGUAUUUAAAACUUGAAUAUAAAUUUAUGAUGAAAAUAAAUUUAAAACAAAAAUUCUCAUCUGCCAUUGGCUGAUUCGUGCCUUGUGACAUCGAUUUCAAACAUCGCGUGAACUCUUCCCGUGUACAGUGAUGUAAAUUUCUUUGUUUAUUAAAAUUGUGGUAAAUAAACAAUUUUUUCCUAAUCCAAAUUGUUUUCGAAUUCUAAAACUUUCAAAAUUUAUAGACCUUUCGCUUUAAAUUUAACUAUAUAAAACUUAUAAAAUAAAUUUGAAUUCAGUUUUUAAAAUUACUUUCAUAGAAAGUAUUUCAAUUGUAUUAAAGAAAUGCAUAUAAAAAAUUAAAAAAAAAUUAAACAAUGAAGCCCGAGGACGUUAGAUUUAAGCGGUUAUUUAUUCUUGUUUGAGAUUUUUAUAUAUAAUCUAUCAGUUAAAUCGUAUAUUUGAGUGCUGAAUUACAAAGAUAAAUUAAAAAUUCUAUCAAAUAUGUUUUCGUUAUCAUAUAAAAUAU